UCUCACCGUCGCCACUCCUGGCCUCACCGUUGCCAACCCUGGCCUCACCGUCGCCUCCGCUGGCCUCACCGUCGCCACCCCUGGCCUCACCGUCGCCACCCCGGCCUCACCGUCGCCACCCCUGGCCUCACCGUCUCCUCCCCUGGCCUCACCGUCGCCACCCCUGGCCUCACCGUCGCCCCCCCGGCCUCACGUCGCCUCCCCUGGCGUCACCGUCGCCCCCCCCUGGUCUCACCGUCACCACCCCUGGCCUCACCGUCGCCACCCCGGCCUCACCGUCGCCUCCCCUGUCCUCACCGUCCCUCCCCUGGCCUCACCGUCGCCACCCCUGGUCUCACCGUCGCCACCCCUGGCCUCACCGUUGCCUCCCCUGGCCUCACCGUCGCCACCCCUGGCCUCACCGUCGCCACCCCGGCCUUACCGUCGCCUCCCCUGGCCUCACCGUCGCCUCCCCUGGCCUCACCGUCGCCACCCCUGGCCUCACCGUCGCCACCCCUGGCCUUACCGUCGCCUCCCCGGCCUCACCGUCGCCACCCCCUGGCCUCACCGUCGCCACCCCUGGCCUCACCGUCGCCUCCCCUGGCCUCACCGUCGCCUCCCCUGGCCUCACCGUCGCCACCCCUGGCCUUACCGUCGCCACCCCUGGCCUUACCGUCCCUUCCUGGCCUCACCGUCGACUCCCCUGGCCUCACCGUCGCCUCCCCUGGCCUCACCGUCGCCUCCCAUGGCCUCACCGUCGCCACCCCUGGCCUCACCGUCGCCUCCCCUGGCCUCACCGUCGACUCCCCUGGCCUCACCGUCGCCACCCCUGGCCUCACCGUCGACUCCCCGGCCUUACCGUCGCCUCCCCUGGCCUCACCGUCGCCCCCCCUGGCCUCACCGUCGCCUCCCCGCCUCCCGUCGCCCCCCCUGGCCUCACCGUCGACCCCCCUGGCCUCACCGUCGCCACCCCUGGCCUCACCGUCGCCACCCCUGGCCUCACCGUCGCCCCCCCGGCCUCACCGUAACUCCCCUGGCCUCACCGUCGCCCCCCCUGGCCUCACCGUCGACCCCCUGCCUCACCGUCGCCACCCUGGCCUCACCGUCGCCACCCCUGGCCUCACCGUCGCCACCCCUGGCCUCACCGUCGCCACCCCUGGCCUCACCGUCGCCCCCCCUGGCCUCACCGUAACUCACAGUAAGCCCAUUUCUUAUUCAUUAAAAUCCACAAUAAUAAUUAUCGGCACUAAUUAUUUACACCUGGAGCUGCGUGAUCCUGCAGGCUGUAGUGAUCCUUGA